GACUUCAUUUUCCCUCCCUCUCUAGUCUUCACUCGUAUUUCUCCCGCCAUCUCUAAACUGCUCAAAAACCCCUCCACAAAACCCUAAGAAUUCGAAAUUCGUCAAUCACUCAAUCCAAAAAAAUCUUCCUUUCGCCAUCAAUAUUAAGGCCAUUAAAACCAUUAUCAGCAAGAAAAGAUGAAGUUCAAGGCAAACUUAACCGAUCAUGGUGUAAACUUAUUAGAAAAAAGAUUUUUGCCAGCCCUAGACAAGAUGGGAAAAAUCUGCCAUCUUUACCUCACUAGAGAUCACUUCUUUUUCCUCCACAAUCUCCUUAACGGUGAUGGGAUCCAAUCCAUAGCCCAGUUCAAAAAAGAAGCCCUUUUCGAAGAUUAUCGAAUUUCUAGCCAAAAUGAAGACAGAAUUGCCUUUGCCAUUGAUCUUUCCCUCCUCCACCGUGCCCUUCGCAGCAUUAUUACCGUUUAUGCUGAAUUUAGUAGCCAUGGCGUUGGUGGGGUGGUGUCGAAUCAGAUUCAGAUUAGACUGGUUAAGAAAUUGCCUGCUCAUUCUCAGCAGCCAACGCCUUUUUUGACAUUUGAGACUAAAGGGUAUAAGUCUGCUGUGAUUCAAGAUGUGCCCAUUUCGAAACCUUUGUCGAGGGCUGACAUGGCAGAGCUUCAAGCUGCGUUGGAUACUGCACAAGAAAUGCCGAGGACUUUGGUUAAAGUGAGGGAUAUGAAUCAGCUUGAGCAGUUUGUUGAUAGGAUGAAGCAUGUUGGUGAUGUGAUGAACGUGUCUAUAAGCAAGUAUGGGGAUUUGCAUUUGCAAAUUUCAACAACUUUGAUUACGUUAGGAGCCGAGUUUAGGAAGCUGUUGGUUUUAGGUGAGCAGGCUGAGGUGCCUGGUGGGGAAGGGAAUUUGAGUGCUCAGACUAGGACCCAAAGGGCUAUUCAGAGAGGUGAUGCAAUGAUUGUGCAAGUUAGUGUCAAGCAUUUUUUCAAGAGUCUUCAGUGUCAUUUGGCGAAGCCUGAUUGUGCUUUCUAUGGGAUUACUUCACAGGGUGCUUGCUUGACUGUGAUUUUUCAGUUCUUUGUUCCUGGUACUCGUCAAACUGACAAGUCGAUAAGUCUUCAUUGCAGGCUUCCUGUACUUGAUCCUGGCUCUAAUUGAACGGGAUUGUCUCUUCUUCCUGGGGGAUUUUUUUUGCUGCCUAUCAAAGUAUACUUGUUGGUCUAAUUCAUUUUUAGUUGUAUAUUUCUAUAUAGUUGAGUGGCUAAGAGCAUCACAUUUACCAGUUGUAAUUUGCCCUUCUAUGGGGUAGCUUCUUCAUAGUGUUUUCUUUGUGAACUACUUUCGUAGUGAGAUGCUACUAUUAAAUCACAUUUACUUGCUAUAGUCAGAAAGAGUUGGCUAGGUAAUAGCGCGAUU